AAGGGACAUGCACGGCGCGGGCCGCGGCCGACAUGGCGGCAGCGCGCGGGCAUCAGCGCUCGGAUGAUCUACACAAAACUCAUAACUCUGCCUCAGCCACAGAUGGACUCUCUGCAACUUCAUUUAUAGAAUACCCAAAGCACAAGCCAUUUAUUAAUUCAGAUUUGGUGCGCUCUCCGUGGAAACCAGUGAUUCCAUAUCCUGAAAGCAACAGCAGAGCAAUAUUUUCUGCUCUGAAGAAUCUGCAGGAAAAAAUUCAUCAACUGGAGUUGGAACGGCUUCAGGCAGAGGAGAAUGUAAAACACCUCAGCAGAGAAACAGCAGACUAUAAAAAAGUACUUAGUGAACAAAUGCAGCACAAAGAGCAUGACAAGACUGAAGUGUCAAAGAAAAAUCAAGAACUGGCUUCUCAGCUGGCAGCUGCUGAGUCUCGAUGCAGCCUUUUAGAGAAACAGCUGGACUACAUGAGAAAAAUGAUCCAGCAUGCUGAAAGUGAGAAGUCACAUCUCCUGGAGAAACAGGGUUCAUUGGAAAGAAAUCGGCUUCUUGAUCAUUCACAUGUUCAGUCUAAGUUGGAAAAGUUGGAUAUGCUGGAAAAAGAGUACAGCAGACUCACCAUGAUGCAGUCCAUAGCAGAGAAAAAAAUGAAAGAGCUGGAACAGAAGCUUCAGGAGGAGGAACACGCGAGGAAGCUUGUUCAGGAAAAAGCAGCUGAGCUUCAGUUGGGCCUGGAAACCAACAGACUACUGAUUCAAGCAGCAUCACCAUUGCUUUCUCCAAAAGCAAGAAAACCCAGGAAGAAAACUAAGCAGCCAGAGAAGAAAUGCUCUCGUUCAAGCCAUCUUACUGUGCAGCCCCAUUACAGACUGUGUCUGGGUGAUGUUCCCUUUGUAGCUGGGAAGUCUACCAGUCCCAGUCAUUCUGUUGGUGCCAAUGUGCAGCAUGUCUUACACCUGAUGAAGCAGCACACUAAAGCUUUGUGUAACAGUCGUGUGGUAAAUGAUACUCCACUAGCAAAACCCAUCAGUACAGGCCAUCCUGCCAGCAAAAGCAGAAAGUCAUCUCUGCCAAAGGAAUCUUCUUCAUCCCAGGAAGAGCUCUCGGAAGUGCUGCUGACUUUACAGGAUGAAUUUGGGCAGAUGAGUUUUGAUCACCAGCAGCUGUCAAAGCUUGUCCAGGAAGCCCCAACCCUUGCACUGAGGGAAGAUCUGGAGAGGGAACUUGAGGAAUUGGUAGGGAAGAUGGAAGCCAAGGCAGAUCAGAUCAGCAAAGUCCAGAGGCAUCGGUUGCAGCUAGAGAGACUUAAGAGAGAAUGCAAGUCCAAAAAGACUUCUGGUAAACUGAUAAAAGACAGCAGGUUCCCUGUAAGUGAGGUUAAGGUAACAACUACAGUAACCACAAAAGGGAAGAACGCUGGGCCCAUCAAAGUGAAACCUGGAGAGAAGAGUCGGAAGAAUCUUCAGUUGUUGAGAGACAUGCAGACCAUACAGACUUCACUACAGAAAGAUGAUAUCAGCUGGGACUACUGACUGUUCUGCAGGCCAUGUUCUAGACACCAUCCUGGUCAAAAUUCCUCAUGAUCUGGAUAUAAAGCCUUUCUUGCUAUGUGAAAGAGACUACUGUAUGCUAAGUGCACUUUUGGAAUAUGGGCCCUUAAUUCUCCACCCCUGGGUUUGAUUGUAUAUAUUGUGGUCUAGUUGAAAACACAUUCCAUUUUCAGGGUACCCAUCCACUGAGUGUGUAACCAGAGCUCUCAACCAGUUCAUUUCAUUAUGGUUCCAGCAGUCCCUCCCUUUUCCUCCAGCAGACCAAGCACUGCACACUAUGUGGCUUGGGGUGUGUGUGUGUGUGUGUGUGUGUGUGUGUGUGUGUGUGUGUGUGAAAAGCCAGUGAGAUUUCACACUGUUGUGGAGCUCAAGAUGUGUCCUGCUGAGGACAGUGCUGUGACCCUAACUCUGCAGGGCUUGUGUCAGGUCUGUUCCGUGUGCUGCAGUUACUGAGAGUGUUUAAGGGAGAAGAGGUACAUCCUUUAAAAGAUGUCCUGUGGAGCUCUCCUCAGAAAACUAUCCUACUUUAUGAAAAAACUAUAGGAUAGGGGAUAACAUCCCAUCUCCUCAUCCACAGCUUUGGGUGGUAAAGGAGUGAGAUAAACUGCAAGUAUUUUAAAUUGCAAGUGCCUCAAUCAUGCCAUUCAGUCCUGGCAUCUUGCUUUUAACUUGAAAUGUGUGCUUUGACUUUGGUAGUGGUGCAGUUAAUACUGCACUCUGACUUGCACAGCUGAGUAAAUGUUAUUUAUUAUGUUAAUAAUGUAAAGAAUUUCCUAUUAAUGGAAUUUAUAGAAGACCCAAAUUAUCCAUUUAUACAGUUGAAAAACAAUAAAGCUGGCUUGCCUGUUGAAUGAAUUCUGGGAAAGCUGCACUUCCUUGAAAAACUCCAGUGUUUGCUGCAGCACUCUGCCCCCUCCUGUGUGCUUUCUGUAGUGAUGUGAUGCCUCCCUAGUCUUGGAGGUGAAUAGGAGCUGCAGGUAUGGUGAGAGUAGGAGCUGUCAGCCCUUGUUCUCAGCUGCACAGGCUGGAAACUGCAGGCUGAACCACUAGCAAAAGGCAUUUGAGUUUUCAUUAUCUGAGGGUUCUCCAGCCUGCUGGCCUCCUUGCAUCACAGGCACAGAAGGUUUGUAGCUGUGAGUGGAGAAGUCAAAAGCUGUUAACCAGGGCUGGAGCCACCCCUUUAACUUCAUUUACAUUAGAGACAUGGGCCCCAGGAAGCUGGAGUAGCCACUUGGAGAGCAGUUCAUCCCAGAGGGUCCUACUGAUCAGCAGCUGAAGCUACACUGGGUAAUGCUGCUUGGGAAGCAUCUCUGGGGAUGAAUCUGCUGAAAGAUGGGUUAACUAACUGCAGUAUGACCUCAAGCUCUCAUAGAUGAGCUGAAGCUGUAGCCCCUUAAUGAUGGAGAUGGGAGUACUGUAGGCUCUGUAAGUGCUGCAGGCACUGAGGUGCCCAAGUUGGAAUUAAGCCUACUCUAGGGGUAAGAGCUUCAAGUAAAAGGCAUUGAAUUGAUCCCAAAUUGUGCCAGUGAACAUGAGUGACAUAGAAAAAUGUGAAUCCUCCUUUUACACAGAAGUUGCUGUGCUAAUUCACUGUAAAAGGCAGAAAUGGGUUUUGGUUUUUAUUUUUGUGAAAGCAUUUUGUAAUACUGAGCAGCUAAGCACUGUGUAUGUAAUAAUAUUGGUCUGUAUAGGAUUAAGAAACUUGUCCAAAGCUAAAUUUUGUUUUUCUGUCAUUAUAAAUUCCAGAGGUUGAACAUUAGCAUCUUGCAAGGCCAUGCAAGACCAUGUAAAAGAAUAAGGAAGAUUUGGAUUUGACAUACUAAAUUUUCAAUGCUAUUUUAUGUAUGUUUGCAUGUCCUACAAGUCUUUUGGACCACACAGUUGAAAAUAAGAGCACAGAAGCUUUACCCAUUUAUCAAUUUUUAUUAGUGUUAAGGAAACCAAACAGCCUUCAUCAAGAAACAAAAUAUACACACAUAGUCAGUUUGCUAAUAGAUAAUAAUGCUAUGAACCAUCUUGUGAUUGUAUGUAAGAGCAGAUCUGCCCUUUAACCUUAAAGCAAAUCCAAGUCCUUUAGAAGGUACUUCGUGCACUACUGAGCUGUAAUGCCUCAGGCCACCCUAUACAAAUGCAGUGAUGCUAUACAGCCUGUUACUCCUGUCAGGAGGUGGCUGUGACCCUCUCUGUCAGUACUGAGACAGAUUGCAGCAGAGCAGGGCAAAGCUGCUGCUACUGCCUCGGAAGGAAUGUGGCUUUUGAAAGGUGGUUUCUUAUGUGUAAAUGGGUGCACUCUUGUACCUUCUCAGAAAAUCCUUCUCUAGGUGGUAGAGGCAGGAGUGAAGACACAUGCUGAGGGGUGACCACAGAAUGGGAUCCAGUCUUAAAGGAGCAACAGAGGAAUCCAGACAAAGCAGUGUCCUUCUUCCUUAGCACGGAAAUGAGAAGCAGCCCGGAGUAAAGAUCCCUGCACACGGAACUUCCUUUGCUGUAAGCUGUCUUCUGCAACCCCAUGCUGAUCUGUUUGUAAGAGCAAUGGCAACUGUGGUUUCACCUCGUGUGGGUUUUUUUAUGUCCACUUCUGCAGUUCGAUUUUUGCAUUAAAAUUUAAUUUAA